AGUUUAAAGCAAAAACCAACUUCAAUUAGAUUAUCGUAACGCCCCUCUAAAGAUUCACUAAAACCCAAGUGCAAACCCAAAAGCACGCCUGCGACCCCUCCCAAAUCUCAAACCUCAGCUACUCUCUCCCACUCUCAAUCCAGAAAGAAGAAAAUAUUACGGACUCCCGGUGCUUCUUCUUCUUCGUCAUCCUUUGGUCUCCGUUUUAGAAAAACUUAUUUCUCCGUUUUAGUUUUUUAGUUUAUUCCAAAAAUCCCUGAUCUCUGUUUGUGGGUUCGGUCUUGGCCAUGAGAAACAGUGGGGUUGGGUGGAUUGAAAUCGAAACCCUUUCUUACAGAGGCAAUGUGAGAGAUUUGGGGUGAGAGUGAGAGGAAAAAAACUUUACAAAAUAGCCCUAUAAUGGUGGCAGCCAUUUCUGAAGCAGCUGCUUCCACUAACCCCAAAACCAUUUCCCAACAAGAAGAAGACCAGCACACCCAUCUGCAAAGACCCCCUCUGCUACCGUCGGAGAAAGACAAUGGCCCCAAAAAUGGCCUUGGAAAUCAUGCUAGAAGACCCAGAGGCAGACAAGUCUCUUCCAGGUACAUGUCUCCUUCUCCUUCUACAUCUACUUCCACUUCCACUUCCACAACAACAACAACCACGGCCACUUCUUCGUCAUCUUCAACUUCUAGACGAUUCCCGUCUCCUUUGCUCUCUCGUUCGUCCAAUUCCACCCCUUUAUCGACCUCAUUGUCCUCUUCCACUGCUACAAAACGGUCCCAAUCGGUGGACCGGAGGCGACCCAUUACGUCUCGGUCCAUGAAGCCGAUCCCCGACUCGAAACACGCCAAUGGCGCUGAAGUAUCUGCGGCUACUAAGCUUUUGGUCACAUCUACUCGGAGUUUAUCGGUGUCGUUUCAGGGUGAGGCGUUUUCACUUCCAAUUAGCAAGACGAAGGCGCAAACUCCGAGCUUGAGCAAUGCGAGGAAGGGUACACCGGAGCGGCGAAAGGGGACCCCCGUUAGAGGAGGAGAUCAAGUAGAGAAUUCGAAGCCAAUGGACCAGCAUCGGUGGCCCGGUAGGACCCGACAAGCGAAUACGACUAUCUCGGGUUUGAAUAAUCCCUUUUUGUCGAGGAGUUUGGAUUGUGGAAAUGGUGGUUUUAUAGAUAAGAAGAUAGUUGGAAUGGGAUCUGGGAAGGUUGUUCGGGCAUUGCAGAAUUCAAUGGUGACUGAUUGGAGUCGGAGGGCUUCGUUUGAUGGGAGGUUGAGCUUGGAUUUGGGCAAUUCAGCUGAGUUAUUGAAAGAUGUUCGGAAAAACCCGGAUGCCAAUUCAGCAAAUGAAUCUUCUGUGCCUUCUGAUCUCACUGCAUCUGAUACUGAUAGUGUUUCCUCUGGUAGCACUUCAGGAGUGCAAGAUUGUGGUGGGAUUGUUGCCAAGGGAAGAGGUGGGGGGCCUCGAGGGAUUGCUGUUUCAGCAAGGUUUUGGCAGGAGACAAAUAGUAGGUUGAGGCGCCUGCAGGAUCCAGGGUCGCCGUUGUCGACGAGCCCUGGGUCAAGAAUGUCUGUCCCAGCAAAGUUUGUUCCUUCGAAAAAGUUCGUUAGCGAUGGUCCAUUGUUGUCUCCACGAACAAUGGCUUCACCUAUUAGAGGAGCUACACGGCCUGCAUCACCGAGUAAGCUUUGGACAUCUUCAGCUUCGUCCCCAUCAAGGGGGGUUCCUAGUCCUUCUCGGGUCAGGAAUUCUCUUACGGGGUCAUUGAGUAGUAAUUCAAGUAGUUCACCUUCGAUUCUUAGUUUCUCUGUUGAUAUUCGGAGAGGGAAGAUGGGGGAAGAUCGUAUUGUUGAUGCACAUUUGUUGAGGCUUCUAUAUAACCGUUACUUGCAAUGGCGGUUUGUGAAUGCGAGGGCUGAUGCUACUUUCAUGGUGCAGAAACUGAAUGCUGAGAAAAAUCUGUGGAAUGCAUGGGUGACAAUUUCAGAACUACGGCAUACUGUCACACUUAAAAGAAUCAAGUUACUAUUGAUGAAGCAAAAACUGAAGCUAGCUUCCAUCCUCAGGGGACAAUUGAACGACUUGGAAGAGUGGUCCCUUUUAGAUAGAGACCACUCUAGUUCUUUGCAAGGAGCAACUGAAGCUUUGAGGGCCAGUACUCUCCGUCUUCCGGUUAUUGGAAAAGCAGUGGCUGAUAUUCAUAACUUAAAGGAUGCCUUGGGUUCAGCAGUUGAUGUGAUGCAGGCAAUGGCAUCCUCAAUGUACUCUCUUUUGUCAAAGGUAGAGGAUGCAAACACCUUGGUGAGUGAACUCGUGAAGGUGACUGCAAAAGAACAGGUUUUGCUUGAACAAUGCAAAGAUUUUUUGUCCACGUUGGCAGCCAUGCAGGUCAAGGAUUGCAGCUUGAGAGCACAUACAAUACAACUUAACCGUGUACCAACUACCAGCAGCCUGACUACACGUGUGAACUGAUCUUUUUAUACUAUUCAACUCCAAAUGCUAACAUUACACGAAAGAAGCAGCCUUACCUUUCUUCAGUUGAUGGAGGCAGCAUUGGCUUCUCGUUUGGCGUUUUUGAAACCUGUUUUGUUUUUCUGAUUCUCUGCCAUCUAUAUGGGGUAUGUGAAAAUUACAGAAAAAAAACACUACUCUUCUCACUAAUUAGCCGUACACAAGUACUCAUCCAUCAUCGGGCAAAGGGAAUGUAUGUGUAUAUAUGUAAUACUGUUCGGAUAUCUGUUAAAUAGUUCAUCAUCAUAUUCUUCA